AUGAUCAUGCUAGGUACAGAAAACAUCAUCAUCCGCGAUGUCCUACGCGAAAAGUUUGAGAAGCCAUCCUCGGUCGACCAAACAUUCACAGACUUUGACGGAGUAGCAUACCACCUCGAAUCACCGUCCAAAGCAGGGCCCAUCACACUCUCAAUGGACAUUCGAUGCUGGUCCGAACUUGUGCAAGCCGGUGCUUUGGAUGUCCUCAAACGCGAAUACGGUUCAUGGAUUCGAGACUCGGUCGAGCCAGAAUACAGUGUCACUCUGGAAUUCGAUUACGCAAAAGUCCCUGCUGCCGGUCCGGAACGUGAUGCUCUCAUCAACAGCGUCUCUUUGCUCAAGCGUAAUGCUAUGGCCGCGCCUUUCGAACGUGCAUUUGCGCUCCAAAAGCAGCUCGAAGAGGCGGCCCAGAACGGAACAGGCAGCGCUCAAGGUGCAGGAGAGAUCAUCCCCAUCAACUACCGAGACGACGAGGCGAUCUACGUCAUUCCUUCGGUCGACAGAGUUACUGUUGUCUUCACGACCACGUUCAAGGAGGAGACUGACAAGGUCUUGGGUAAGGUAUUUUUGCAAGAAUUCGUGGAUGCUAGACGUCAACCAUCGAUCCAAAACGCUCCUCAGGUGUUGUACUCGAAUCGAGAACCUCCACUCGAAGUAAGGAAUGUCAAGGGUCUCAACAAGGGUGAUGAUGUCGGAUACGUUACUUUCGUGUUGUUCCCAAGACACUUUGCCAGCGCCGAAGUAUCCGCAGGCACCAUUUCACGCAUUCAACUCUUCCGCGACUACUUGCACUACCACAUCAAGUGCUCGAAAGCUUAUAUGCACAGUCGUAUGCGUCACCGAGUCGCAGAGUUCCUCAAGGUUCUCAACCGUGCCAAGCCUGAACUUGCGGAGAAGGAAAGGAAGACUGCAAGUGGUAGGACUUUCCGUCGUGCAUAG